AUGCAUGCCAGACUGCGCCAGCAGCACUUGCCGUAUCUCUGGAGAGGUAGUUUACCUACCGAGCGCCCUGAGCACCCUGAGCGCCUUGGGCAUCUGGCGAUGGCUGCAGGUUUGCUGAUGUAUCUUCGCGUUUCUCGUGAGGAUGCGUUACCCGAGGAGAGAAAAGCGGUGGAGUUCUUUGGUGAGAAGGAGGCUCUGGAGAGAGAGAGGAGAAGAGUUCAACCCGGAGAGGAGGCGGACAAGAAGCUCAAGCAGGUUAUCAAUCUAUAUAAUAUCCUCCCCAAAGAUAAAUAUAACAUGGAUGAGAAGGGAUGUAUGAUGGGUAUUGCAGCUAAAGUCAAGGUUAUUUGCCGCUUUGAGUGGAAAAAUCCGAGGUUAACCCACUCUGGUAACCGCACAUGGGUGACAGUUAUUGAGGCGGUCUCGGCGGUGGGGGUACCGGUACCCCCUAUGAUAAUUAAACAAGGUGUGGUAUACUACAUGGGCUGGUAUACGGGAGUUCAAAAGAGCGGCGAUGCAGCCACAUUCUCAUACUCCUCAAAGGGCUGGACUGAUUCUAAAUUGGGUAUGGAAUGGUUGGUUGAGAAUUUUGACAAGCAUACUAGUAAUAUUAACAUAUUGAACGAAAACAUGGAGGAGGGGGGCGAGGACACGGGGAUCAACAAGGGUACAUUCCUAAACUAUCUAUUUGAAGCUAGAAGGUGUGCAUACACCAAGAAAAACAUCCUCGCAACAUGGGACAAAGCGGAUAAGAGUCUUCAGAUUUCUAUUACAGAAAGGGAAAUAUGCGAGCAUAUUAGUGCACAGUUCCGGAAAUCCGUCGCCAAAAAAUCUGCCAGGGCAAGCACAAAUGACAGAAAAGUACUAAGCAAGGCGAGGGUUAUCACUAGUGAAGAUGUGGAGGAGAAAGGGUCUCCAAUUCCGAAAAUUGAAAGGCCAAAGGGCAGGAAAAAGGUUACUAUAUCAGAUGCAACUAUUGUCUAUGAUUUAGAGUCUAAUCUAGAGGGUGGUGGUGGGUUGGUGGAGGAGAAACUAGAAUGGGCAAAUAUUGAUGAUUUUUCGGAAAUUCAGACCCCCCCACUGCCCCAAAAACCUAGAAGAUGUGGCAGAAAAAAAGCUUAUAGUAGAUAG